AUGCAUCUGACAUGGAUACGCUUAAUCUUCCUGUCAUUAAAUUUGUUUUCGGUUGUUCGUUGUACUGCAACAACACAAAAUGAAUAUUCUUCCUAUGCACAUGGAUGUCAAAUUGGCGGUCCAGUUAGCUUAAGUAUAUGUGUCCAUUCACCUUCUGAACUAUGUACUACAAGAAACGAAGUUCAUGAAAUUAGUUUUCCUCGAAAAUUUGAUGUGGCACCAAAUGUUGCUGUUUCACUCGCUGGCUUCGAUUCAUACGCAGGUAUGGAAAGUGAAAUACCAUAG